UGAGGCUGCAGUUUGCAAGGGGCGGGUUGGCUGCAGGUGGGGUGCAGGGAGCCCGGGCCAUGGCCAUGGCCACAGAGGGCUCUGCGGUGGAGACCCUGCAAAGAGAGCUGGCUUGCUCCAUCUGUCUGGAGUACUUUCAGGACCCGGUGUCGAUACAAUGCGGGCACAAUUUCUGCCGAGCCUGCAUCAGCCAGUGCUGGGAGGGAUCGGGUAGAAACUUCUCCUGCCCCCAGUGCAGAAAAACUGCCCGGAAAAGAAACUUCAGGCCCAACAGGGAGCUGGCGAGAGUUAUCGAAAUAGCCAAAGGGCUGAGUUUCCAGGCAGCCACAGGCUCGGGAAGGUGUGAGAAACAUCAGGAGGCUCUGAAACUCUUCUGUGAAGAGGAUCAAACCCCCAUCUGCGUGGUUUGCAGAGAGGCCCAGGCUCACAGAGCUCACCCGGUGGUUCCCAUCGAGGAGGCUGGCUUGGAUUACAAGGAACAAAUCCAGACCCGCCUGCAGACCCUGAAGGAAGAGAGGGCAAAGCUUCUGGGAUUUAAAGAGACUGAAGAGGGGAGAUGCCAGCAGCAUCUGAAACAGACACAAGCUGAGAGGCAGAAGAUUGUGUCUCUAUUUCAACAACUGCACCAGACGCUGGAGGAAAAAGAGCGACUCCUGCUGGUCCGGCUAAAAGAGCUGGACAAGAUGGUUGUGAGGAUACAGAAUGAAAAUGUCACCAAACUCUCUGAGGAGAUUUCCUUUCUCAGUGAGCAGAUCAGUGAGAUGGAGCAGAAGUGUCAGCAGGCAGCGAAUGAAUUCCCACAGGAUGUCAGAAGCACCUUGAGCAGGUGCAAGAAGGGGAAGUCCCAGCACCCAGUGGAGAUUCCUCUUGAGCUGGAGGAGUUCCUCAAUGAAUUCUCUCAGGGGAACAGUGUCAGGAAGACGCUGAAGGAAUCCAAAGUGAAUGUGACUCUGGAUCCAGGCACAGCUCAUCCCGAACUCACAGUGUCUGAGGAUCGGAGAAGCGUGAGGUGGGGAGACAAGCCGUGGCAAGUGCCUGACAAUCCCAAGAGAUUUUACGCUCAGCCCUGUGUGCUGGGCUGUGAGGGAUUCACCUCGGGGAGACACUACUGGGAGGUGGAAGUGGGGGAUGGGGGAUGCUGGGCCGUGGGGGUAGCCAGAGAGUCUGUGAGGAGGAAGGAAGAGAUCAGCCAUAGCCCUGAGGAGGGGAUCUGGAUUUUGUGCCACUGCGUGGGUGAAUACUGGGCUCAGACCUCCCCUCUGACCACCCUCUAUCUGAGCUGGGACCCCAGGAGGAUCGGGGUUUUGCUGGACUAUGAAGUAGGGCGGGUGUCUUUUUUCGACGCGGACAACGAGAAACCCAUCUUCACUUUCCCCCCAGCCUCCUUCGGCAGGGAGAGAGUCCGCCCUUGGUUCCGUCUCUGUGGGGAGGACAUGCUGCUCCGACUGUGUCCCUGAGGUGCAGAGCGGGACAGCCCUCCUCCUCUGCCAGCCCCCAUCUUGAGGCAUUUGGAGGCUGAAGUGUAUUUCAGGCUUGCCAAAGCAACCUCGAGACAGGAGCGAUCUGACUAGAUGCGAGAAUGACUUUGACCUGCCUGUCGGUCCCCGUUCUCUAUGAUCCCAGAAGGCUGUACGUUUCUGCCGAGAAGGGGCGUGUGGGGGGAGUUGAAGUACGAUUUAGUGUAUCACAAAAGGAGCUCUUCUCUGUUGUACUGGGCAAAAACGACGGAAAUAAACACAGAUCUCUU